AUGUCACUAAAAUUAUGCAUUUGGAUAUCACUACAAAUUAUUAUACCCAAUGGAUAUGCUGAUAAAACAGCGGAAGAAAAAACAAUUGAUAAAAUACUUUUGAAUGCAUUCAAUGAUGCACGACAAAAUAUCGAUGAACUUAAACAAUUUUAUGAUGAAUCAAUUCUAACACAAAAUGUAAUGGAACAAAUACAAAUACCAUUUAAAAUAUGGAAUUUGCAUACAACAAAUCAAUUAAAUGCUCAAAAAUUAUCACAUGCUGCACUUCACUCAAUUGCUGCUACUAAAAAAUUAAAAAAUGAUGGCAUUAAAAUAGAUAAUAAUUUACCAAUUAUUUUAAAAUAUAUUAAUGAGUACUGUCCAUUAAAUGAAAUUAAAUGUACAAUUAGUAAAUAUCGCACCAUUGAUGGUACCUGCAAUAAUAUUAUUCAUUCAAAUUGGGGCGCUAUUGGCAUGCCAAUGCAACGUAUCAUUGAACCAUUUUAUGCUAAUGGAAUUGAUGAAUUGCGUACAUCAAUUAUUGACAACAGUGAAUUACCAAAUGUUUUACAUUUAUCAAAUUUAUUCUUCAUGAUGAAUCAUUCAACAGCAUUAAAUAUAAAUAUGCUAAAUGCGCUUUGGGCGCAUUUUAUUUACACUGAUUUAGUACAUACCAGUAGUCUUCAAUUAUUAACAGAUGAAGUGGAAAUUUUAUUACCAUGUUGUGGAACAAAAUUUAAGCAACAUUCAGAAUGUAAACCAAUUAUGGUACCAAAAAAUGAUCCUAACUAUAGUAAUUUACCUGAUUGUUUAUCAUAUACACGUACCGCUCCAGCACCACAUCCUAAUUGUAAAUUAGGUUCACGUGAACAAGCUAAUCAGGUUACGAGCUUUCUUGACGCUAGCAUUAUUUAUGGUACUACCAUACAACAAGCACGUGCUAUACGAACAUUUAAAAAUGGUCAUCUAUUAACAAAUUUAAAUUUAAUGAAUUCGAAUAUUUCACCAACAAUUAGCACAUUUUGUAAUUUAUUACAAAUAACAAUUGCUAAUUGUGAUUUAACAAAUAAAUAUUAUUCAUUGAAUUCAAAUCAUUUAAAUUUCUUACAAUCUAUUAUCAUUCUUCGUAACAUUUGGUUACGUCAACAUAAUCGAAUUGCUACUAAUUUAAAGAUUAUAAAUUCACAUUGGUCCGAUGAACAAUUGUAUCAAGAAAGUCGACGAAUUGUAAUUGCUCAAUUACAACAUAUUACUUUUAAUGAAUUUUUACCAAAUUUAAUUGGCAAAAAAAAUUGGUUAAAAUUUAAUUUACAAUCAGAAACAAUUGGAUAUAGUAAUAAUUAUAAUGAUAAUACUGAUUCAACUAUUAUCAAUACAUAUGCUACUACUGCUGGACAAUUCUUUGUCACAAUGUUUGGCAAAUAUUUUCAAUGGCAUAAAAAUGAUGGCAUUAAAAUACUUGAACGAUCAUUAAAUGAAUAUUUUAAUGAUCCCGAAUUACUUUUUUCAAAAGAUCAAACUAGAGAUUUACUAAGGUACGUAUUACGUGAACCAAUUAAUGAAUCACUAACGUAUACAAAUGAUAAAUUUUAUAAUAAUUUUUUUAAAAGAAACAAAAAUUUGGCAUCUGAAUUUAUUGCAUUAAUUUUACAAAUGGGUCGUGAUCAUGGCAUACCACCAUAUACUGUAUGGCGAGAAUAUUGUAAUGGUAGUAAGAUUCAAUCAUUUGAUGAUUUAAUGGAUGAUUUAAUCGAUGGAACAGAAAUGAUAAAAGAAUUAUCAAAAUUAUAUAAAACAGUGGAUGAUAUGGAUUUAUUUUUGCUUGGUUUAAUUGAAAAACCAUUAAAUGAUGCAAUUGUUGGACCAACAUUUAGUUGCAUUAUUUCAUUACAAUUUCAAAAGACAAAAACUGGUGAUCGCUACUGGUAUGAGAAUAAUUUUGAAGAAAUACGUUUUAGUGAUGAACAAUUGAUGGAAAUUCGAAAAAUAACAAUGGCAAAAAUAUUUUGUAGCAAUGUGAAAUCAUUUGAUAAAAUUCAAUCAAAAGUAUUUGAAUUAGAGAAUGACUAUGACAAUUAUCCAAUUUACUGUAAUGAAACAGUACAUGCAGAUACGAAUAUUGCUAAAUGGCUUGAUAAAUCAAAUUAUAAAUUAAAUUUACCGCUAACAGAGGAAAAAAUUGAGAAAGCAAUAGAAAUUGCUAUAGAAGGCGUUAAGCAACGUCAAAAACGUGAACGACGUAAUAUACGAAAAAAUCAAGAUUUGUUCAAAUCUGGUGAUCCAUUACUAUCGUAUGGUAAAAUGAUGAGAGCAAAGAAUGAAGCAAUUGCAAUUUCUCGAGUAUCUGAUGUUUUCUUACAAGCUACCAAAAAUAUUUUAUCUAUCAUUGGAACAGAAAAUAAUAAAGAAUUGCUAGGAGAAGUGAAUGAUAUUAAUGAAAUGCAAAAUUUAUUACAACAAAUCGACGUCAGCUCAUUUAUUAGCAGAAUUGAACCAUUUCUUGGACGCGGCGGUUCGGUGGAAAAAUGUUUACCUCGAAAUUUACCAUGCGAUGAUGUGACACGGUAUAGGACAAUGUCCGGUUGGUGUAACAAUCUUCAAAAUCCUCGUUUUGCUAAUGCAUUUGGUCCAUUAAUUCAUCUUCUACCACCAGCAUAUGAUGAUGGAAUCGAUAUGCCACGAUCAAAAUCGAUCACUGGUGAUUUACUACCAUCAGCUCGUGUAAUUUCAAAUGCAAUACAUUUUGAUUUACCAAUUACUUAUCAAAAUUAUAGUCAUAUGAUUAUGCAAUUUGGACAAAUUCUUGAUCAUGAAUUAACACAUUCACCUAUCGAACAUGGACCAGAUAAUGAAAUAUUGAAUUGUACGCGUUGUGAUUCAAAUGAAAUUCUCUCAAUGCAUUGUAUGCCAUUGCCAAUACCAUUAAAUGAUCCAUUUUUUCCAAUUUAUGAUGAAAAUGGUAAACGACGUUGUUUACCAUUCACUCGGUCACUUCUUGGACAAUUAAAUCUUGGCUAUCGUAAUCAAAUUAAUCAGUUAACAGCAUAUUUGGAUGGCUCAGCGAUUUAUGGUUCCACAGAAUGUGAAAUGAAAGAAUUGCGCACUUUUGUUGGUGGUCGGCUUAAUAGCACAAAUCUUGGCAUAUUCAAUCCAGAAGCAUUACCACAAGGUGAUCAGGAGCAGGAUUGUCGUUCCAAACCGGAUUUCAUGUGUUUUGUUGCCGGUGAUGAACGGAAUAGUCAUCAACCGGGUCUAACAUCAAUGCAUAAUAUAUUUUUACGUGAGCAUAAUCGAAUUGCUCGAAAAUUAGAAGAAAUGAAUCCAUUUUGGAAUGAUGAACGAAUUUUUCAAGAAACAAGGCGAAUUGUAGGCGCGGAAUUUGCACAUAUAACUUACAAUGAUUAUUUACCAUUAUUACUUGGAAAUCGAUUAAUGCAUAAAUAUGAUUUAAAUACUCAUAAAAUUGGUUACUAUCAUGGUUAUGAUGAUCAAUGUGAUGCAUCAAUAUCACAUCCAUUUGCAACAUCUGCAUUUCGUUUUGGUCAUACUUUAGUUCGUCGAUUUUUUCCACGUUUUAAUGCAUUUUAUAAAAAUUUCACAGAGCCAAUUGAUUUAGUUGAAAAUUUCAAUUCUGUUGAAGCAAUUUAUGAUGGUAAACGAGGAAGCAUUGAUUCACUAAUUAUUGGCUUACUUGGUGCACCAUCAAUGGCAUUUGAUAGACAUAUUACCACUGCAUUACGGAAUCAUUUAUUCGGCCGACGUGGUGAACCGUUUUCCGGAAUGGAUCUUAUUAGUUUAAAUAUUUUACGUGCACGUGAUCAUGGCGUACAACCUUAUAAUGCUUUUCGUGAAUUAUGCGGUAUUGGUAAAGCAAAAGAUUUCGAUGAUUUAUUAAAUGAAAUGGAUGAAUCAGCAGUUAUAGCUUUAAAAAAUUUGUAUAAAACAGUUGAUGAUAUUGAUUUAUUUCCUGGAUUACUUUGUGAAAAACCUAUGGAAGAUGCACUUUUACCACCAACAAUGGCAUGCAUUAUAGCAGAACAAUUUCAACGUUUAAAAAAAUGUGAUCGAUUUUAUUAUGAAAAUGAUUUGCAUGCAAUACGUUUUUCACCAAUGCAACUUAAUGAAAUUAGAAAAGUUACGCUAAGUUCACUUUUAUGCGCAAAUAGUCGAAUGCUGCGAAAUAUACAGCCAAAUGUAUUUUUAUUGCCUGAUCAAUUCUUGAAUGCGCCAAUUUCAUGUGCGCAUUUUGAGCAUAUCAAUUUAGAACAAUGGAUCGAUCGACCUCGUUGCUAUGUUGGUAAUAUAAUAAUAGCACCUGAUGAAAUCAAACGUAUUUCACCUUGUCAAUCUUGUACAUGUACCGAUAAUGGAUCUCAAUGUGAUACGAUAACAAUUAGAAAUUGUAUAGCAUUGUUCAGUCAAUAUCCUUUUGAUGAAAUUAUGAAGGAUACGGCAUGUAUCGUACAAUGUGCUCACCUACUCCGUGAACCAAAAUAA